AUGGCGACUCAAAUGGAUCAACUACCACAGGUGCCGCCUCCGGGCACCAGUCCGCGCUCCAGCAACUCGUGGAGCCGUUGCGACCAGGCAGUCGCUCGCAUUGCCCCCAUCGCCACCACCACAUGCCAAGUCUGCUCCAAGUGCAUCGCCAAGGGCGAGUGGCAACUUGGACUCAUGUUUAUCCACGUCGAAGGCUUCAUGCUCAUGGAAUGGUAUCACCUGCAAUGCUCCAAGUCGCUGCAGGGCAGUGGCCUGAGUGAUGUUCUGCAGACCGUACAGAGUGAGAUGACUCCGGCGCAGAAGAAGAAGUUCCAGUUGGCUUGCCAGAAGGCAACAUGA